AUGCGGGAUACUGAGGAGGUAUCUAUAUACUACCCCGACGCAACCUUUCAGUACGAGCUUGAAGAUUUCGAAGUAGCGAAUGGUACGGACAGCUCGCUGCAAGAACGAACCAAUGUCAGGGUUUGCGAAUACGUGAGUGUGCAACAUCUGGCAAACUGCGUUACUAUCGUUGCCGGGCUACAGGCUAUUGGUAUCGCGCUUGGUAAUGCUGCCAAGUCUUUGAGUAACAGCAAUAGCUGUGCAACUGUCAGCGGCACUGCCGGUAACGGCAAAGUCAAGUAUAGAUACUACGCUACAGGUCGUCACUGCGAUACCACAGCAGAGGCAAGCACCAUUGCUGGUGCAAUUGAGCAUCAUCUCAAGCAUGUCAGUGGGGGUAAGCUGUGCCGAACAGAGUGUUUGGAUCUCACGCACGGUGGUACUUGGAACGGUUAUCUUCUCGUCGGUCCCGCCAGCAAGUUUGAAAGCGACAUGUAUUGUGGCCCAAAGCUUCCUUUUACUAGUUGUGAUUCUGGUGGCAAGGGAGACUUGCACUAG